AGACACAAAGCAUUCUUCGUCCAUCAGAGAACCACCAUGAGAACCCAGUUAAUUUUGGUAGCGAUCUGCUUUUGCCUUUGCAAAGCUUCCUGCGAGGAUCGGGAUUCAGUAAACAAGAUCCGUGGUGAAGUGCUGAAGCUUUUAAAAGGCACCGAGGAGCUAAACGACGGGUUGCGAACAGUGAAAAAUGUGCAGAAGGGUAUCGAGGAGAAGUUCAAGCAUCAGAGGGAUGAGAUCGAUCUUAUUGCCGCUCUGGAGGUUGCUCUGUCCCAGUUGGAAACGAAAGUUCAUAGCAGCUUUGACGCUACAGCUUCUGGAGUGAGAAACUUGACAGAAAUUAUUAGGGCAGUUCAGAGCCAAAACGAACGGUCCAUUCAGAACCUUACCAAUGCGGAGGUGGACAUCAGGAGAGUCAUUGGGCAGUUUGAUGUCGAUCAGGACAAAUACGAGAAGAUUCUGGAUGCCUUGGCUGCAUCCGUGAAAUCACAAUUAGCGGGAAUCCAGCAACUUAUUGGUCAGGCAGUCAUUGGGGAACUCAUCGGGCUGGAUAACAAGGCCAAGGUUUUGCAGGUGCAGCAGCGCAAUAUUAUUGGCCAAGUAGGACAUCUGGAGGAGUUGAAUGCCCUGGCCAACCGUGCCAAUCGUAAGGUGAAUCAGCUGGAGUGGGGACUUGUCGCGCUUAAUCGCACCCAGUCUGAGAACCUUAACAUAAUUGAAAAUACUGUCCAUGGAGUGCAGGUGACCUCCUCACAAAUCGAUCUUAAGCUCGGUGCUUUGCUAGAUAACCAGAAAAACAUUGAAAAGUCGCUGGAGAACUGCAAGAGAAAAAAUCCGCCAGAUCACAAGCCCCAACAUGGGUCGACCCAUCCGGAACCAUCCCCGAACCACCAAUACAAGCCGGAAGUGAAGCCGGAGGUGAACCCAGGUUAUGAAAGCAGCUAUGCCUCCCAGGAAGAGGCAGAGCAACUCUACAAGCUGUGGUACAACAAAGGACAACAGCAGUGAAAAGGAUAACAUGAUUAGGAACCCUUCGAUAUCUAUUUACAAAUCUCCACCCUGUAGCAUCUUUUCAACGUUCUCAACCAAAUUACAAAUGCAAAUAUUAAUUCUCUUGAUUAUUUCCUGUUCAAAAACAAACUUCUAACAAUAAAACUUUUAAUUAUGGAA